GUCAGAUGGGAUUACGUCCAGUUCCCAAAUUCUACCUAAGACCUCGGUUAAUCUCAUUGCUAAUACUGGACCACCAUCCUUAAAAAUCUCAGGAGUAAACCUGUCAUGGCCUGCUGCUCUCCCUCGCUUCAGAUUUUUUAUAGCUUUUUCAACUUCGCAAAGAGUCGGAGGACUUACAUUAACUUGCCAUUCAGGUAGACUGGAGAUUGUGGGAAACCGACGUGUGGCUGAAGGCCAGUUGAACUGACCCCUAAAGUCUUCUGCCCAUCGAUCUAAUCUCCUGGAUUGAGAAUGUAUAAUAUGUCCAUCUUUCUCUGAGAUUGUUUCGCUAACAGUCGGUUUCCUAAUACCGGUUUCCUUAACAAGUCUGAACAAUUGUCUGCUAUUACCUAUUGCCGCUGCCUUUUCCAUCUCUCUUGCUUUCGCUACCCACCACUGUUCACGAUCAUUGCCUAGAUUUCUUGUCAGCUUGCGCUUAAGCUGACUCCGCUCUUCAUUAUGUUCAGAGCCAGGUGGAAUUAAUUAUUGAAGCUAGUAUUUUAGAUGCUAUAUUAGUCGAACUAAUCACUCCAUUGUUAUCUCAGGAUGAUUUCGCUCCCUUUUAUAUUGGGUCAACCAGUGAUUGCGAACUGUCAGAUGGGAUUACGUCCAACUCCCAGAUUUCGUCUAAAACAGCUAACCUAAUCGCUAAAAUUGGACCAUCAUACUUGAAGACCUCUGGAGUCAACCCAUCUGGACCAGAUGUUUUUCGUCAUUUCAGAUUAUUUAUAGCCUUGUGAAUUUCGGCUAGAGUCGGGGGGCCUACUUCAGUAUUCCAUUUGUUUUGUUUGGGGGUGGUGGGUAGUUGUAGAGUAGCUGAAGGCCAGAUGAACUGCUGCUUAAAGUGUUGCGCCCGUCGUUCCAAACGUCUGAGCUGAGAGCAGAAAAGAGUGCCAUCCUUUUCCUUGAUCGUCUCACACUUGACUUCUUAGUUCGUUCCUUUCAUUAGCCUGAAAAGCUGUCUUGUGUUAUAUACAGCCUCCGUCUUUUCUAUCUCUUUUGCUUUCGUUGCCCACCACUGCUCGCGGUCGUUCCUUAGACUUUUGGUUAACCUAGAUCUGGUUUGUUUUUGUUCUUCAUCGUGUUCAGAGUCUGAUGGAAUGAGUUUACAAGAAUCCACCAGUUCAGUAGACUUAGAAGAGAUCAAUUAGUUUCUUGUGACCCUUUGGUUUAAAUCACUAAUGUCACUUCUGUUUCCACAGCUGUUUGUGUAUCUCUCCAAGCACCAUCCGGGUCAGCCUUGUUUUCAGAACUACCUAAGUGUGACCUUAGUUCCUGGAAUCUACUUUUAGCUUUCUCGUCACUUAAUUCAACUUUAGUGGGUCUUAAUGUUCCUUUUCUGCGUCCAGUGGGGCGCAAGUGCAUGCUCGUAUUAGCAUGGUCGGAGUCCAAACAGUCUUCUGUCGAGCCUCUCCAAAGAUGACUGAUGGCUACAUGGUCUAUUUGAGUCCAUCGUUGGUUUGACACAGGGGGUUACCAUGUUAGACGAUGUCUGUUGUGACCUUAAGUUCGGCUAGUUAUCACAGAAAUAUUUCGCCAAUCGAAGUACUUAUUCCCUCUUGUACUGCAAUAAACCAAUGACGUUCGACCUGUCUGAUCAGUCUAGCGUCCUUAUUGGUCCUUUGUUCGCCUAGUUCGUCAAACUGAGUCCAGAACAAUAACAGCUUCCGCUAUGCGAAUCAUUUGUUUCAAACAUACUUGGUUUAUAUACCAGACAAACAGAUCACAUCACACCAUAAAAUAAAAAAAUUAUACACAAUAAAGCCAAAAAGUGGCUAUGAACGUGGGAGACUGUAAUCAAUAAACUGAACAUAAGAACAGUCAAUCGUAUAAUAAUAAUAAUUUAUAAGUCAAAAUGAGGCUUAUUAUAAGAGGAAUAUAGGUAUACAUAACCUAAUUACUGAAUAGUUUCACCAUAAGAAUGUAUAGAUAAUAUUAGUCCUAAUAGUUCUCAAAAGUUACUCGUAAAUUAAUCUUCGCUAGGAUAUAACAGUCUCUCCUUAUGCUUACAAUUAGUGCUUACUAAAAAUAAACGAUUGUCUGAGCCCAGUUGCAGCAGACGAUCGCCAUUAUCUGUUCGCUGAACCGGAAUACCAAAAUACCCACCUAAAUGUCUUUCUGUUCGGUUUAAGCUUCCUACCUUGGCAUUAAAGUCGUCUGUUACGAGUACUAUCUCUGAGUGUUUAGCUUUUUGAAGAAAUUCAGAAAGCUUUCUGUAAAACUCAUCUUCCACUUCAUCCGAGUUGCAGUCAGUGGGAGCGUAGGCUGAAACGACGAAAAGGCAACGACGUGUGUCCCUAUCCCGGAUUUUUCAUAGUGGACCAGUUGAAUUGUUUGUGACCGGUAGUAGCAUUAUGUUUAGUGCCACUAACUUGUAGUAUCAGACCUAGUUGACAAGAUUGUCAGUAAAACAUUUGGUGGAAGAUGAUAUGGUAGCAUGCUGAAGUGGUAGCAAACAAAAUCCCUAAGCUUACUAAAUAUAUACAGAAAUAUACUUCUCUAUUCUGAAAUUAAUAGCCCUUGGUGUCAGCGUCCUUAUAUGGCCAGUUUUCGCAACUGGUAGUUCUUUGGUUCACCAAAAGUGUUUCGUGCAAAACCUUACGCGUAGCUCCUACCAAAAACCCGGUAAGAUUAAGCUGUUCAUAUCCCUUAAAUACAAUGUCGAAGAUUUUCAAAGAUACUUAUUUAAGUGGGUUUCAUGUCGAACAUAAGUUUUUAAAAACCAAUUAGUUUCUCUUAAGGAGCUAUUUGGAUAACUUACAGAUCUAUGCUAUAGCUAGUCCUUCUAAGAGAAAUCAAGUUGUAAAUGUUUCGACAAUUUUCCAUGCUGGUUAUACCGUUGUAUGAUGUAGUAAAUUGAUGAAUUUUGAGUAAUAUAAAGAAUUAAGUAAUUCUGUCACUACAUGUCCCAAGAUUUUACUGAUAAGAUUGUUUUGCUUCUAGGCAUUCUUUGCCUUCAAAUCCGGGGGAUUCAAUGCAUGCAAGUGAAUCUGAAUUUAAUGGUCACAUCUACGACGAUCGACGUGCCUCUCGCAACCUCUCUCGCCAUUCUCAUGAUCGAAGUAGUAGCAGUAGUCAAUCUUCAGAGGAGCGAAAGCGUCAAGGUUCGUCUAAACGUCGCUCGUCAAAUAGAAAUAAUGAACAAUAUGAUCAAAGUGCCGAUGAAAACUCAUCUCCAGAUUACCAAACUCGAAGAAACCAACAAGUUUCAAGCAAGUUUUCUUUGCUGUUUUCACACUAACGUGCAACAAAUCCCUUCAGUUUUUCAAUUAUUACGCGUCUUUUUUGUUUCGUAAUUUGACAUCACUCAUCGUACGUUAAUAAGUUUCUUGUAUUUUCCAGGGUCACCCUCAAUGAGCGAACGAAACCUUGCUUUCUCAAAUGCUCCUGCUCCUAAUCCGGAAGAUGGGUCUUCACUGGUAAGUGGACUAAUACAACUAAGACGCCAUGUUCGACAGGGUUUUGAACAGAUAUCUGUCCGAGGUGGCAGUUUUUCCAGAAGAACACGACACUCUUCAGAAAAUUCAUCUUCAGGUGCCUCGGUCGCCAGUUCCAAUGGUGCUUUUGAUUCCCCUAGAAAUCGCAGUGGACGCAAACGGAUGCAUUCUAUUUCACCACCCUAUAAUGACGUUCGUAAUCGUACCACCAAGUCCAAGACUGAAGCCGCUUCAAAUAGUGAUGAAAAAAACCAACCUUCAGUCGAAUCUCAGAAACGUAGAAAAACAAGGAUUACCCAUUCACCAGCCAACAACACAGAAUCUCUCCCUGAGCCACCCCAUACUCGAAGUAAAACUCAAAGAACCAGUCUUCAAAAAACACCAAGGGUCGAAAACUCAACAACAAUACGUCAAACAAAUGCCGAUCGUAAACAGAGACCAAGUGCUGUCAAAGCAGAUAAAAAAUCUACAACUAAAGAUUCUCCCCCAACGAUUGAAAAAAGUACUUCGAAGAAUUCUCGACGCUCGGAUACUGCACGUUCUCCACUGUCUUUAACAUCACGUGCAACCAAACGUUGGCGAACUCCAGAAGAUGAAGUCAACGAUGACCAUCUCCAUAAAAAGGAAAAAUGGCCCUCAACUAUCAAUAAAUCGGCUAAGCUAAAGAAAAAGUCUGCCAUUUCAUCGGCAAAUAAUUCUAGCGAUAAUGAUCAUUCGGAUGCUUCGAAAGUUGAUGGUAAUCAAGUGACCAUCUCAAGAAAUAACAAUAUUAAAGCAAAAGAAUCUUUGAAACCGUUAAUUAAAAAGUCCAGUUCAUCCUCAAACAGUAAGUUAUGCUAAUAUCUUAUUGUUUGCUUUCCUUACACCUGUGAUUGUAGUUCAAGGGUCGCGAUUAACUACUGAAUUUUUUACUGGAGUACAAAAUAUUCUGUUCUGUAGACAUUUGACUAUUUUGUUUUUCAUUGUAGGAUUAAUUCUUUUUGUGGGAAACUUGAAAUUUCUCAAAAUCAGGUCUCCUUUCUGUUUACGAUAGCUUAUUAAAACACAGACUGAUAUCACUUCCUAAAAUGAGACAUUUACAACCUCACUUUAAGUCAUAAGUAUGUUGUCUCAAACAGGAAAAGUGCAACAGUUUGAUUUUUGUGUCCUAAUGAGAUAUGCGGUCACAUACUUACAUCUUUACUUGAUUCCUUGAUUGACAGCAAUAAUUAAGUUUUUCCUGUUAAUCAAACGGAAAUUUCCUAAGUAAAUGUUUUUUAUAAUGACCGACUACAUGAGCAGAUAGACAAUAUUUUCACGACUUGGAACAGGGUAUUUCGAUUCUGCUCGGACAAACAAUGUGUCAUCAAUUUAGCAACUAUUAACUUCUUUAAAGAUUUAGUCAAACCACCCUGAUAACCAAAAAUCAUAGUCUAUUGUUAAUGCAUAGAAUUGUAAGAGAAUUAAACAAAAGGCUCCCACGUAGCAUUUAUUCAGUUGCUUAAUGUGCUGUUAUAAUAAGACACUAUCCACGGCGUAUAUAUACCAUAGUUUAAACACAUGAUAGGACAUUUUAUGCUUUCAAAGUCAUUUAAUAUCGGUUGUGCUUAACCAAUUGGUAUAUCUAAUGAGUAUUUCAUUUUAUGAAAUACGGGCCCAAUACCUUUUUCACCUGCGAUUUUCUUUGCAAAUUUAGUGUUCAUGUGAUCUGUUCUGCAAAUGUGUGAGUAUUUACCUAAUUAACUACGAAUAUAGGAACCAGCCUUUACGUGAUUAAGAUGUAGGAUGUAACUCCUAAUACGAGUCGUUCACUAAUAUCCACUCAGUUCGAUUUUAUUCCAAAUUAGACUAUAUUUUGUCAGAAAUGAUGCAAAGCAUUUAUUACUUUUGGUCUUUGUUUUUUAUUUAACUUUAAAAACAUUAGUAUUUUAAUCGUUUCACUUGAACAAUAGCAUUUAUGAGAAUCAGCAGGACAAAAUUCCAACCACUUUCAAAUUUCUGCAGUCAAAUAUAUUAAUCAGUUGGAAAUUAACAAGAAUAUAUUAAAACCUCUGUUAUUGGUCAGUGCAUUUAACCAAAUAAAUAAACUAUAGUGGAUCCGAUACCUCAGAUAUAAUGGUUUAUGAACGGAUACUUUGGUCCUGAUGUCUAAUUAAAUAAAUUUUAUUUGUUUAUAAAUCAAGCUAGAUUCAUCUAUACUAAGAGGAAAAUCAAUGUAUAUGCAGCUUAUUAUCAGUACUUUCUUUUGUACUGCACUCAAUCGUACAUUAUAUAAAAUGCAAUAUAUAUGGGAAUUUUCAUUGAAAUAUUCAUUCGGUAACAAUCAGUCAGUUACUGUCGGCUCCGCAUCAUCUUUCAAUAAUGAAGAAAAUGAGUCAGGUGAUUGUUCAGAUGAUGUAAUGAAUCUGAUUCGUGAUCGUAAAGAUGCCCUGGCAGAGGAUUAUAAACGGGAUUGCGAGGCAUUCACUACAGUCGUUCGCAUGCUAAUAAG